AGGAAGUUGCCGUUGGCGUGGAUCGGGAUCGUUUUAUGGAUGAGUUUUUUGAACAGGUGGAAGAAAUCCGUGGGUUCAUAGAGAAGAUCUCAGAAAAUGUGGAAGAGGUGAAGAGAAAGCAUAGUGCCAUCCUCGCUGCUCCAAACCCUGAUGAGAAAACCAAGGAGGAGCUGGAGGAAUUGAUGUCUGAUAUCAAGAAGACAGCCAACAAAGUGCGCUCCAAGCUAAAGAGUAUUGAACAGAGUAUUGAACAAGAGGAAGGGCUGAACAGGUCAUCAGCAGACUUGAGAAUAAGGAAAACACAGCAUUCUACCUUAUCACGGAAGUUUGUGGAGGUGAUGUCAGAAUAUAAUACAACCCAGACUGAUUACCGGGAGCGCUGUAAAGGAAGAAUCCAAAGACAACUGGAAAUCACUGGCAGGACCACCACCAGUGAGGAACUGGAGGACAUGCUGGAGAGUGGGAAUCCAGCUAUAUUCUCCUCUGGGAUCAUCAUGGACUCCAACAUUACAAAGCAGGCACUGAAUGAGAUUGAGACACGGCACAGUGAGAUCAUCAAGCUAGAAAACAGCAUCCGUGAGCUUCACGAUAUGUUCAUGGACAUGGCGAUGUUGGUGGAAAGUCAGGGUGAGAUGAUCGACCGCAUUGAAUAUAACGUGGAACACUCCGUGGACUAUGUGGAGAGAGCCGUGUCAGAUACCAAAAAAGCUGUAAAGUACCAGAGCAAAGCCCGGAGGAAGAAGAUUAUGAUUAUCAUCUGCUGCGUCAUCCUGGGAAUCGUCAUUGCUUCUACUAUUGGUGGGAUUUUUGGCUAAAGGCCUGCAACCAUCCGAGAAUAUCGCUUGUGGGAGCAAGGAGAUGAAUAGGAGCACUGGAGCCACCCAGCCCAUCACCCACUUGGGCCCAUCCAAACCCUGUACCCGCCAUUGGAGAGAACUGGCGGACCAGCACUCUCGUCUCUAAUGCAUGAUUAUUUGUGUUAACACUAUGUGUUAAGUACAGUGUACGUGUUGGGGGAGGGAUGGUGCUGGGGGAGGGGAUGGUGGGAAGGCAGUGUGUGCAUGACAUGCUCAAGGUUUCAGCAGUUCCACCACCUUUUGACCUGUUCUUGAUGGUCACAUCUCCUCAAACCGAAUCCCCUUCCCUUUCCAGUGAGAUUCUCUUUCUUGUCCCCAAAAUAAGAGUUUGCUACAACAGCUAUGCAUAGUUAAUCCAGUCCCUGUCCU